CUCUUCCUCCUGCGUCCCGGGCAGGACCCUCAGCUGUGGCCACGGCUCGAGCCGGGAGUCGCCACCUCGCCGUCGCCGCUCCAGCUGCCUGCCCCUCUGUCUUGGGCUCUGCGUGCAGUGCAGAGGCGGCGGGCUGGGAAGGGAGCGUCGCCAGCGUGAGGUUCCCAGCCGAUGGGCAGCCCCUGGGCGCACUGAGGGGCUGGGCUACUAGCGGCUGAGAAAAUGAUGCAUCCUGUUGCCAGCACUAACCCGGCUUUCUGUGGGCCUGGCAAGCCUUCCUGCCUUAAUGAAGAUGCCAUGAGAGCUGCUGAUCAGUUUGACAUAUAUUCCUCCCAGCAAAGCAAAUAUAGCCACACAGUCAGCCACAAACCAAUGGCUUGUCAGAGGCAAGACCCAUUAAAUGACACGCACUUGCAGACUACAAGUGGCAGAAGCAUAGAGAUAAAAGAUGAACUAAAGAAAAAGAAAAAUCUCAAUCGAUCUGGUAAGCGUGGCCGGCCUUCUGGAACCACCAAAUCAGCAGGAUACCGGACCAGCACAGGCAGACCCCUGGGAACCACCAAAGCGGCUGGAUUUAAGACAAGUCCAGGCAGACCUUUGGGAACAACCAAAGCUGCGGGAUACAAAGUCAGCCCGGGGAGACCUCCAGGAAAAAAGCAGCAAGCCUACAGGUGUUCCAGUGAUGCCUGACACAAUGAGCUGGAGUUUAUGCUGCUCUUUACAGUAAGAGGUGUUGCAUUGUAUGUGGGGACUGUGUGUGCACUGGCAUCUAAGACAGUGACCUCAACAAUUUUAGCUUUGCACAAACCAUAGCAAACAAUGUUGGAUGAUUACAUAAUCAGUUGCAACAUUCAGGCAGCUAAAUUGCAGAAGCCUAAACUAUAAAAUUUUAAUCAUUUACUCAGAACAGUAUAACUUUUGACACACACAAAUGCAUACAUCUUUAUUCAUAUAUUUAUCCACUUUCAUUAUCUGUCAUUUAGCUAUUUCUCAGAUUGAUGUUCAGCAGUUGGCUACUUAGAAAUCCUGUUUUGAGUUCCUGAAAACGGUUGUUUAAUUAAAUAUUCUACUGUAGAAUAAUAUAUACCACUGUCAAGGAUUUGGUUGCAUGAUGUGUUUUUAUAUGUCCAUUUGACAUUGCCUUUCAGUUUAUUUUGAUUCCAGAUUUUGUUAUACAUAACUUUCCCUUUCUCUCUGCCCUUCCCAACAUUCAUUCCCUCCCAUUUUCCCCAUCCUCCAGCACAUCUACUCAGUGGUGCUGUGCUGUGUGUCAGAAGGUAAAGCAGGUGUAUUAUUGUAUACUGAUUUUUUUAAUCCAUUUUAAUGAAAUGGUGAAAUCAACUAAAGGAAGUAUGUGCAUAACAGUGUUUAUUAGUAUCAGGAGCUGUGUCCCAGGGAAGAAAGGGGGCAAAUGGCUACAGUUGUGAAUGGAUAACAUCAUUUAUAAAACUGAAUUUUCUGUUCAUGAGCAGUUACUUGGAGUACUAGAUCUGUGCUGGUGAGCAUCUCCUGAUUCUACUUCCUUUUCUCCUUGUGAACAGUUUAUUGAUGCCAUGCUGAAGAGAAAGACACAGCUAAGUGAUAACAUGAAGUCUUAAACUAGAAAAUAUUUUUACUUAUCUAUACUCUAAACACUACAUUGUGCAUCUUUUGUAACACUGUCUCUUGUCAUGACAAACACUGAAAUAGCAUGUUAAAAUGCCUACACUUUAAUAUAAUCAGUUGGGGAAAACUGGCCUUUUCCUCCCACUGUAUGAUUGUUCCUUUGUUCCUUUAAAGGUAAAUUGCUAAUUUUAUAUUGUGUAAUUCUCUUCACAAAAUAGGUUUCACUAUUCUGUAUUAAAACUGUUGGUCAGAAAAUUAUCUGCUGUUCAAGUAAGUUUGCUUUACUUUUUUCUUUAAAAAAUAUUUUAACAUGCCUUAUUUAUUACUCUUACAUUAACCAAUGAGCUAAUGCAGAUGAAAUAUUCAUUUUUUGACAAAUAUAACCUUGCAUAAUUAAUCUUUAGUAGGGGAUGAUUUUGAUACUAUCUUUGGAGUUUUGCACUGGAUAUUAAAAAAUACUGGCAUGUUGUGUUGGAAGAAAAGUAUCUGCUUAAUUUUUAAUAUUUGGGGACAUUUUUAAAAUCAGUGUUUCAAUUAGACUAAAAAAUUCUUUAUUUUUAUUUACUUUUUAAAAGAAACAUGUUAAAGUAAUAAAAGUAAUAUUCAUUCCAAACUAAUGUUUGUGUGAAUUUACAUGUAUAUUUUCAUGAAGUAAGAAUAAAGUUUGAGUUAAGGAGGAAAAAAAUUAUCUGAAAUCAUUUACUUAGGUUAAAGGUAAUCCAUCCAGUGUAAGGGUUAAAGAGAAAAAAAACACCAACCUUCUCUUUUGUAUUUUAAGAAGCUUUAAAAGAACAAUUCAGGGGAUGUUGACUAUAACUGCUAUUCUGUCAGUCAUUGUCUUUAUAUGCAGAAACAUUUUAUGAUCCCUUUAUAGUAAAAUAGAAGAACUUACAGCAGUUGUUGAAAACAUGUUUUCCUUGGACAUAAAAUAUUUUGAUGCUUUAGGUUUCUGUUUUUAUUAUAGCUUAUUAUAGCUAACUAUAUCCUAUUAAACUCUAGGAUGUAUCUAAAUCUUUGCUUUUCCUCCAUCACCCCCAAGUAGAUAAAUCCGUGCUUUCACAUAUAAUGUAUUUAAUUUUUGGAAAAUUAAAUGCUAUAGUAAAUCAAGUGUGUGAUUUAUAGCAAUCAGACCACUUUGAUUCUUUAAGCUUCACAGUUUCCUUUUUCCACAGAUAAUUACAGAGAAAAUAAUUACCAAUUAACUGAUAUAAGCACGCUGUCCUCUGCUGUAAAAAGUCUGAAUAGAUACUGUGUAUGUUUUUAUGUCCAUGAACUUGAGCUACUCAUGUGCAAUUGUGUGUAUGGGAAUGGAGUAGUGUUCAUGAUUUGUAUCUACAUCAUCAUAUGGAUGUAUAUUUAUUAAUAAAGUCAUUACUUUAAAACCAA